AUGGCGCCCACAACGUUGUCGUAUCCUCAUGCGCGUCGAGGGCCCGAUGUGGAAGAUCAUUUCGGCACUCAAGUUGCAGACCCCUAUCGGUGGCUUGAGGACCCUGAGAGUGAGGAAACGAAGGCUUUUGUUGCGUCUGAAAAUGAAAUCUCCGAGAAGUACUUGAACACGCCUGUGCGAGGCCAGAUUUUAAAGGCUCUUAAGAAGUUCCAAGACUACCCCAAGUUUGGGACCCCUUUUAAGAGCGGAGAUUUCUGGUAUAGUUGGAGGAACUCUGGUCUGCAGAAUCAAUCGGUGCUUCACAGACACAAAGACAGACUAGGAGAAGAGAGCGAAGUGUUCCUCGACCCAAAUACCUGGACUGAAGAUGGCACGGCAACUGUGGGCUCAUACAAGUUCACUGAUGACGGAAGUAUGAUGGCAUUUGCUCGUGGAGAUAAGGGGAGUGAUUGGCGCACGAUUUACAUCAUGGAUGUCGCAAGUGGACGCCUCUUAGAUGAUCGUCUGCAUCACGCAAAGUUCACGAGUUUGCAAUGGGUUGGCAACACUCGCCUGUUUUACAACCGUUACGAUGUACCAGAGGGCGCAGACGUGAAUGGGAUGGAGAAUACAAAAAACGAGUUUCAAAAGCUUUAUUGCCACGAAUUGGGAACUCCACAAGCUCAGGAUAUACUGGUGCUGGGAUUCCCGUCUGAACCCAAAUGGAUGGCCAGCGCGACAGUGACAGAUGAUGAAAAAUUCAUUGUCGCAGGCAUUUCACGAAGCUGCGAGCCUACCAACAAACUAUGGAUUGCCGCUCUUCCAUCUAUCGAUGAGCCCACGGAGGCGUACGCACAUUUGAAGUGGGUGAAGAUCGCCGACACCUUUGAAGCCGGCUAUGAAUAUGUGGCCAACGACGGCAAUGUCUUCAUGUUUACUACGAACUGUGAUGCUCCCAAGAACAAAAUAGUUAAAGUGGACAUAACGCAUCCAGGCACACCAAUGGUUGACGUCGUCCCGGAGGCGGACUCCGUGCUUGAAGACGUUCAAGUGAUUGCGGGAGAUAGAAUGGUGCUUCAUUAUACUGAAGAUGUGAAAUCGAGACUCUAUGUGCACCGCCUAGAUGGCGAGCGCAUAGCGUCUAUAGAAAUACCCGUGGGUUCGGUGUUUGAAAUGUCGGGGAAGAGAAAAUUCAAUCACUUCCUCUUCAGCGUAACUAGCUUCGAUACGCCUCGCGUGAUUUACGAAGUGGACGUUGACAGCGGCAGAUACGGCGUCUCUAUCAUGCGACGCACUACAAUAAGUGACCUGCCCCUAGACACCCUCGAAGUCACGCAGGAGUUUUUCACAAGCAAGGAUGGGACGCGGAUUCCUAUGUUUUUGAUGAGACAGAAGAAUCAAAUGAAGAGCGGCCCGCAACCAAUGCUCCUCUACGGAUAUGGCGGGUUUAACAUUUCGCUCACUCCAUACUUCUCUCUUGCAUUCGCCCUCUCUGCUCUCUAUCUGGGCUUGGGUUUGGCGGUCCCAAACAUCAGGGGAGGCGGCGAGUACGGCGUUGGGUGGUACAAAGCGGCGAUUAAAGAAAAGAAGCAAGUUAGCUAUGAUGACUUUCAGAGUGCAGCGGAGUAUUUGUUUAAAAAGGGCUACUCAAGCCCCGAUCAGUUGGCUAUUAUGGGAGGCUCUAACGGAGGAUUGCUUGUAGGAGCCUGCGCUAAUCAGCGCCCAGACCUAUUUAGAGCGGUAGUCGCCAAGGUUGGCGUCAUGGACCUCCUGCGAUUUCACAAGUUCACCAUUGGUCAUGCGUGGGUAAGCGACUACGGAGACCCCGACAAGGAGGAGGACUUUAAGCACAUUUACAAGAUCUCUCCGCUGCAUAACAUCAAGCCUGAAGUUGCACAGAGUGACAAGCAGCCUGCCGUGUUGGUUAUGACAGCAGAUCAUGACGACCGCGUUUCCCCGUUUCACAGCUUGAAGUAUAUAGCAGAGCUUCAACAUGCUGCUGGGUAUUCCUCUCCUGUCUCAAUUCCUCUGAUCGCGCACAUUGACACGAAGGCAGGCCAUGGUGGAGGGAAGCCUUUAAUGAAGGUUCUAGAAGAGCAAGCGGACACUUACGGAUUUAUAGCAUCAGUUCUAGGGCUAAAAUGGAGCUGCCCGGAGACUGACAAGGAGGUGUGA